AUGGCUAGACCUAAGACAUAUUUUGAUAUCUCCAUUGGGGGACAGGAAAAAGGUCGUAUUGUUUUUGAACUUUUCAAUGAUGUUGUACCCAAGACAGCCGAGAACUUUAUCGAGCUGUGUAAAGGCACCCAUGGUAUGUCGAAGACAAAGCCAGACGUUCCUCUCUCCUACAAGGGCUCUAUAUUUCAUAGAGUGAUUAAGGAUUUCAUGUUGCAAUUCGGUGACUUCACCAACUUCAAUGGUACCGGUGGUGAGAGCAUCUACGGUGAGAAGUUUGAAGACGAGAACUUCUCUUUGAAACAUGACAAACCUUUCCUGCUGUCGAUGGCAAAUGCGGGACCAAACACGAACGGGUCACAGGCUUUUAUUACUUGCGUUCCUACUCCUCAUUUGGACGGCAAACAUGUGGUCUUUGGUGAAGUGAUUCAAGGGAAGCGACUAGUUCGUCUAAUUGAGAACCAGCAGACAGAUAAGGAAAAUGACAAGCCACUCAGGGAUGUGAAGAUCGAGGACUGUGGUGUGCUACCAGAGGACUAUGAAGUUCCAGCAAAUGCCGAGGAAACUCCAACCGACGCAUAUGGUGACAAUUACGAAGACUCCAUCAAAGAUGACAGUAAAGUUGACACCAACGAUGUUAAGAGUGUUCUCAAAGCGGUGGAGUUCGUGAAACAAAUCGGAACUGAACAGUUCAAAAAACAAAACUACCCAGUAGCACUAGAAAAAUACCAGAAGUGUGAUAAGUUUUUGAAGGAGUAUGUCCCGGACGAUCUGCCAGAAGAUGACCUCAAGUCUAUAAAUGAGCUAAAAGUUUCCGUACCCCUGAACAUUGCCCUAUGUGCGCUCAAGACCCAGGACUACCAGAAGGUCCUGGUGGCCGGUUCAGAAGUGCUAUAUGCUGAAGCGGCAAAUGACAAGGCCAAGGCCAAGGCUCUUUACCGUCGCGGUCUUGCAUACAACGCUUUGAACGAUCCAGAUAUGGGCAUUGCUGAUCUAGAGAUGGCUACAACAUUCCAGCAAAACGAUCCUUCAAUUUUGAAUGCCAUCAAGGAUGCAAGAUUGAAGAAAAAGCAAAUCAAUGAUAAGCAGAAAAAGUCUUUAUCCAAAAUGUUCUCUUGA